GAGCACGGCUCUUUUUCCAAGAGACGUAGCCUACGCGUCCCUCAUCGCGGCGGAGCCGGGCGCCUGCCACCGCACCAUGAUCCUGCCCGUCCUCCAGAUCAUAGAGGACGCAGCUGCCGGGAAGGUGCCCCUCCUGAUGACGUCAACCUGGGCCCUGGACCACUCAAAGCUGGCGUUUGGCGGCCAGCUGCCCCUCGCGGCCGCCCCCAGCUUUGCGCCCGGGUUCCCCAUCGUGAUACUGCAGCCGGCGCCGCCAGCGGCCGGGGGCGGCAUGGAGGUUGUGAUUUGGCUGUGGGCUGAGGAGCACAAGCAGCUGCUCGAACUGGUUCCUGAGCUUUGA